AAUCCCUUGAUAAACCUUUGAGAGCAUCUCCGCCACCACCGCCACCAUCUGCAUCAGCAUCGUAUAAUAAUUUGCAAAAAAUGGGUAUUCCUGACUCUCAAUCCGACUAUAAUCAGUGGCUACAUGCCAUGAAAAUGGUUGCACGACUACCGGGCGGAAUACCUGUGGAGUUCCGUCGUAAGCUUUGGCUGGCCCUGUCCGAUCGAUUCCUCCGAACCAAAGGAAUCAACUGGGAAGAAGAGGGAAAUAAAUAUCUUAACGAACAAUGGGAUGAAGAUGACGAUGAGCUGGGUAUACAAAUUGUAAAGGAUCUACACCGAACAGGGUCCAGUUUAUGCUCGGGACCAUCCGGUAUGAUAAACCAAGCCAAAUUGAAGCGCGUUUUACUCGGAUACUCAAGAUUUAACCCAGAAAUAGGCUAUUGCCAAGGAUUCAACAUGCUUGGUGCUUUAAUUCUACAAGUUAUGGAUAAAAGCGAAACUGAUUCAAUAAAAGUUAUGAUCUUACUGAUUGAAGGGUUGCUUCCACCUGGUUAUUUUUGCGGGUCACUUGGCGGACUACAGGCAGAUAUGGCAGUAUUUCGAGAUCUGUUGGGUACCAAAUUGCCCCAGCUAGCCCACCAUUUGCAAAAAUUGCAGGGACCUGAGGGAGCAUUUGAGCCACCGUUAACAAACGUAUUCACUAUGCAAUGGUUCCUAACAUUAUUUUGUACCUGUUUACCGAUUGAUUCUGUAUUGCGAAUUUGGGAUCUCAUUCUCAUCGAGGGAAGUGACAUCUUGCUUAGGACCGCUUUGGCAAUCUGGGGACUAUUGGAAAGUCGGAUUUUGCUGACUAAAACAGCUGAUGAUUUUUACUGCAAAAUGGGUGCCUUGUCGACAGAGCUUGUAAAUGGAAAUCUAAUAGACUGCAAUAACCUUGUACAACGAAUUGUCGAUAUAGGUGCAAUUGCAGAGUUGCAUAGAAUGCGACAAAAACACCUAAAAAGCUUAACUGAGCUGAAGGAAUCUUCUAAUCUCAGGCUUUUCUAUUCAGAUGACGAAGGUGAAUCGGAUGAAGACUCCCGUUUGGCAGUAACGGCAACUGCGUGGGGUUUUCGAUCUGGCAGAAGAGCAUCACUUGGAAUAUCUACAAACAUACGCAACACUGGCGAUGGAAAAGAAAAAAGCAAUCUAGACAUUUCGCUAUUGAAAAAACAGUAUGAUAAACUCAAAGAACGCCAAAGACAAGCACAUAUCAUCCUAACGGCGGCAGUAGCUAGACAUCCGAAUCCCAGUACACAAUGCAGUAAUUCUCUCCAAGUCAAUCAGUUAUUAGUGGGUAAAAACGCGCUACUAAGCAAUAAAUGUAAACGUUUGGGUCCCCCGCAAGGUGCAGUUCCUCCAGUUCGCGUACCAAAAGUCAGCAAACAAACCAAAACGAGUGUUCCUAAAACGACCGAUUCAUUACAUUGGAAAGAUAUGGACGAUAAACAAUGCCGAGGUAGCCUAAAGUGGAAAGAGAUGCAAAAAGAUACCAAAAAACCAGCAGUUAUGGAUGACUAUGAUGCGACAAAACUGGAAUCUCCUAAACUGAUCCAAUCUUCAAGUGCAUCGUCGGCUAUUAGCAACUUAUCCGAAACCCCCUCAUCUUCUAUAGGAGCUAAACUGCGCAGUGAAUCGUCAUCUUACAGUGAAGAAUCAGAUGAAGACUCAAGUACUAGUACGUCACUGUGUGAUGAUGAGAACCAGUUGUUCAGUGCAUCUUCAUUGGAAGCUUCUCCAAUGAAUCGACGAUUAACUCCUGACAGUAUCAAAGAAGUGCCUGACGAAGAACGUUUGGUUGUGAUAAUUGACGACGUCCUAAGCUUUGAUUACAAUUCAGAAGGUCAACGCAAUGAUUUUGCAUUGUCGGACAUUACAGAGGAAAGUUAUACAGAAGCACAGAGUAGCUCCAUUGAAGUCAAACACAACAGCAUUGUAACAGAAAGUAAAACUAUAGAGAAGCUUCCGGACAUUACGAAUAAUGAAAUGACAAAGCUUCUACCAAGUCCUACGGAAGAUAGAUCUCUCUCAAUCGCUAUUACUAGCACCAGCCAUUUAUCUCCGAUUCCUGACAUAAUGCGAUAUGUCAGUAUGUCCACAAUUAGCCCGUUGAAGACACCGUCAUCUAUAAUAAAUUAUGCAGAUUAUAACAAAACUGUGAGCGAUAUUGAAGAAGUCCACGAGCUUCCAACCACCGACGCUAAAAUUGAUAUUGUGUUUAACGUAAAUGAAGAUGGCGUCACCAAUCAACUGUUUGAACGAAUAAAUGCUGCUGAAAGACCUAAUAAAUUAGACUUAAAUGUUAUCAAAGAGCGAAAGGUUAGCGAAUCUAUGGUAAAUAUAACUGAAAGCAUAUUGGAUCGUAGUGAUAACACAUCUAAACUAAAUAGCUAUAGUUUAUCCAACGCUUCGAAUAUAUCAUCAAUGUCUUCAACAUUUGGCAUUCCGAUUAGAGCUCAUCUGCAACACGAUUUACCACUUGCUCCGCCUACCGCUGAUAUUUUAACAACUACUUCAGAAAAAUCAACGAUCAUUCUCAAACCCCAUGCAUACCAGAUAGCAGAAGCAACGACACCAUUAUCAAAAGACAGCUUAGAAGGCAUCGAAAAAUACUUAACCAGCCGUAUAAAAUUUCUGAAAGAGAAAUCUUUUUCCAUGGACGACCCUUUCAAAGGUGAAGGCCUGUAUCAAGAAGAUAUAUCCAAGCGAUCUGCUUCAGAAGGUUUAGUAGCAGUAGAUUUAAAUGCAUACAAAUGCAACAAAAUGUCAGAAAUAAUAAAAGAGAAUUCGCUAAUCCUAGAUCGGAUCGUUAAAAAAGCAAUUUGCUUUAACGAUAACCACCCGGAGCAGUCAUUAGGAAACAUCCCGGAGCGUAAAUCAGGUGUGAAAUCUCUGCAGUUCAAUAGCUGGCUAACAGAUGAUGCAUUACUAUUGAAUAUUAACAGCACUCGUAAUUUUCAACCAAAUCAACAAGCUCAUGAGAACAAUGCACGAACGUUUCUAAAACAAUUUCAGACAGACCAACUAACGCCUAAGAGCCCUUACAAGAAUACGUUUGACGAGCGUACAGUAAAACACCUUGCCAACGAAUCAAGCAAAUGUACAAUGGAAUUACAAGUUACAGAAAUCCAAUCAUUAGAAGCAGGAAAUACGUCCCCGAUCAGCGGAAACAGUAAAUUAGUAGACAAAAUUACCAAGACCGACCUUGUGAUCAAACGCACCGAAGAGCAAUUAGCUCGUUUCAAUGACCCUCAUCCUAUUAGCUAUAUUCGUAAAGAUAAUUUUUGUGAGCUUGUCACACUGGAUGAUAAGAAGGAAUCAAUUAUUCUCAAUAAAGCAGAUGAUAGUAAACAAAGAUCGAUUCUUGAAGGCAUGGUCAUACUUGUUCCUGAUAAAUUGCUAAAAGAAGCAACUAUUAAACAUAAUGCUAAAACAGACACAUUAAUAGAAACAACAAAAUCAGGCCCCCCAUCGCAAACCAUCGAAAACCAUGAAUUGUUGGAAACAACAUCUCUCGAAGAAAUCUGUAGCCUUCUAACAUUCCCAGCAUUAGACACACGAAUAAUGGUUUCCAAGACUGAUGAGCUCAUCAAAAAGACUGAAGAGCAGUUAGCACGGUUUAAAAACGAUAACGGUAACGUUUUGAGACGAUCAUCUUUAAUCGAUUCGACGUUCGAUGAAGCGAUAACUGCAAAUGAAACGUCUAAAGAGCUUGAACGUAGAUCAUCUAGUAAAACGGAAGAAGUUAUCAAAAAGUCGGAGGAACAAUUCUUACGAAUCAAAAUUAAAAGCCCGUUCAUUGCGAAAAAAUCACCCACUAGACUUAUGCUAGAGGAUUUAACAAGAGGCGAUAUGAAGUCGGUCGCUAGCUCUACCAAAACUGAAGAGUUAAUCAAAAAGACAGAUGAACAACUAGCCAUGUUUAAGGCUGCUGCAGAAAGCAACGCGGAGAAACGGAAAAGCCGACAUGAAAUUAAUGAACUAUUGCAGCUGAAGGCAGAAUCUUCAGAUUCAACCAAAAAAUCGUUGGAAAGCAUAAAAUUUGAUGAUGUUUCUAUUAGGAUUCAAGAGGAAGCAGAGAUAUUCAAAACAGUUCCCAUUCUAGAGGAAGUGAGAAGCUUUAAAACUGAUGACAUCAUCAAACGAAUAGGAGAUGGAAAGCUUAAACUAGGUGAUGAUUAUAUAACCACCAUCAAAACUAUUGAUUAUCUUAAGCAAUCAAAUGCUAAUCUAUCCGCGACGUUGUCCUCGAUUGAAAGUUCAAUCAAAGCCAUCGAUGGACUUUGCGACCACGAUUCCGAUAUCCAGUCCAAUCGAAUUAAUGAUACGAUUGAUAAUUUGGAAAAGUCCUUGAAACAGUUCGAUAACAUAAAUUCGGACCCACCCUUAGUUAUGGUUCAUGAUUACUCGAGUACACAUGAGAGUCGAUGUAGACCAACCACUUCAAAUAGGCCAAGUAGAUCCCGUAAAAGAAGAGAAUAUUCGCCACGGCGAAAAAAAGAGAGAGAUCGUGACGACAGAGAUGAUUCGAACAUACAGAAAACCCGCAGUAGUGAACUUUCAGACACUCAGUCUAUGGAUAGGGAAUCUCCAAAAAUCUACCCCUUUCAUUCGUACUACAGCACCUCUCCUCCUAUUUCCCCUAGAGUUGUUUCGUCUACAAGAAAGCUUCUAGAAUCAAAGGAAACCAUAUGGCAUUCCUCGUUCAAAAGUACGUGUCACGAUCAAUGCCUCUUGCAGCGGGAUAUUCAACUUAUAAAAUAUGAUAAAUCGCCGUCUUCUCCAUUAAUCAAUAAGUCCUAUCUAGAAUCACUGAAACCAGCAACUCUAGUCGCCUCGGGACGCACAACUCGAUCAGCAGAAAACUCUCCACCAUUUCAUCCCCAACAGAUAGCAACAUUUCCAUCGAAUUCUAACAAUGUAGUUGGAAUACAGGGCAGCUUACUGCGUCGUCAUACCGCAUUUGAGGGAGAGCAUUCACGUAUAAAAAGCUGCGAAAAUAUUCUAAUGCGAUUCGACUAUAAAAACAUAUCGGCAAUUGCCGCAAGCUACCCAAUUUCCAGUACUCAUUCGCCAUCACCAACAAAAUUAAAUAGUUUGGAUUUCAGUCAUGACGUUGCUCUCAACUUCAGACUAACAUCGACGCCAAAAGAAAACAUUGAACUUGAAAUGUAAUUGAAGUUUCAAAAUAUUUCCUCUGUGAUACACGACUAACUAUUAGAACCUACGGUUUGUACGAAGCUACGUUAAUCAAAAUCAUUGAUCGUUAGAAAACGUUAAUCUGUACGACAUGUUCAAAUACAAUAAAAAAAAAGUUUAUAAAAA